UAUCUGGAGAUAGUUUCCAGCGUAGUUUCCUGGAGUGGACCUACUGCAGACAUGAGAAGGAAAAACUGUUGGCUGUUGACCAUUUCUCUUGUCCAGCCUGCAUGGAAGACAUUGCAGCAAUUUCUGUUGAUGGAAACCGCAAGAUGUACCGCUUCAAUCGGACUAAAGGGGCUGAUGAAUCUGGUUACUUUGAUGGUGCUUUUUUUUCAAAAGACAAGGAGGUUGCAGAAUUUGUGGAGGGUAUCCGGAGUCGAAUCAGACCUGAAUCUGGUCGAGGUGUGUGUGGUAAAUCCCAAUGGAAAGCUGCAAGGGAGACUGCCAAAAAGUCUGGGUCAAAGGUGGAUGAAGAGGGAGUGGAGGACGCCGUCUGUCGUCAUGGAAUUUUGUUCAAAGCUUUGAACAUGUUCAGAGGAGAGAUAUACGCUUAUCCUCUCUUCCUAAAAAAAGGAGGUUUCUUUUGGCCAUAACAUUCAAUUUUUCUGCACUGAUAUCAUGUGCAAGUACUAUCCUUACCUGCAGAAGGUAUGUGAGGCUUUCCCAGAUCUGGUGCCACUCCUGCAGAUGAAGCCAUUCUUGUCUGUGAUGCAUGCAAAAGGCCACUCAGGAAUAUGUGAGGUGCAAUGGGGUGGGCGCAAUCAGGAAGGAGCGGGUAUGACUGUUGGGGAGGAGGUCGAGCAGGUGAAUUAUUUUUUGUCACGAGUUGGACUAAUGACAAAGUGCAUGACCAAAUCUGAUAUGAUUACAUUGCAAGCUCGAGGAUGGAACAUGAGAAAGAAGAGCAAUCUACACGAGUACCUUUCUCAAAGAUAUGUCAAGAUAAUGAAAAGGACAAGAGAAAUGGAGCAGGAGGUAGAGGCCUUGAAAGUGGAACUGGGGAAGACUGAAGUGGAACUCCAGCAGUGGGUUACUGAUGUGAAGGAUUGGGCCGCAGCAACUCCAAAUGACAUCAGUCCUGAUGAUGCUCCUGGGUUACAGCGUGUCAUGGAAGGUUUGGCCCCAAGUAUCCAGCAGAAGAAAGUGGAUAAAUAUCGGCAGACUGACAGCAAUAAGGCCAGGCAGCGCAUUCAAACAAAGAUUGCAAAGGACAAAACUAAAUUAAGCCAAGCCAUGGACUUCUACAACAGGCUUGUCUCUGCUGAAGAUGCUGUUGGUCCAGUUGAUGUCAUCCUGGCUGCAGAGUGUCCUUUAUGGCCAUGGGAUAUGGAAGCAUAUAUGUAG